AUGAGCAUCAACCUUCUCAUCAUCGGUGUUCUAUUUCAAGUGCUCGCCACUCAACUGACGCUCGGACAGGGCAUUACUUGCCCGCCUGAAUUCAAGACGUACACACGUCUGAAUGGUAUAAAAUGGUGUAGCUUAGCGGCCCCAUUCUCCGUGAACUACAAUGAAGCCAAAAAGAAUUGCGAAGGGGCUGGAGGCAUGCUGACGGGAUUCGAUAACGCCGCUCAACGAAAGAUCGCAGCUGACAAUAGCGCCGAAUUUGGUAUAAAACGGGCGCCGAUUCGAUGGAAUGACAUACACUCAUCGACAAUGAGCAUCAACCUUCUCAUCAUCGGUGUUCUAUUUCAAGUGCUCGCCACUCAUCAGACGCUCCUUCCCAACAUGGAGGAGAAACUGGCGCUCGGAGAGGGGGGCAUUACUUGCCCGCCUGAUAUCAAGACGUACACACGUCUGAAUGGUGUGAAAUGGUGUAGCAUACCCGCCUACUGGCCCGUGAACUACGAUGAAGCCAAAAGCUGGUGCGAAGGGGCUGGAGGCACGUUGGCGGGAUUCGAUAACGCCGCUCAACGAAAGAUCGCAGCUGAUUACGCCAAGAAAAUUCUUAAGGAAUUAGGAAUGACUUCGGGCGCUUUUUGGAUCGGAGCAUACCGAAAGAAGGAGUGCCAAGUUUCGAAUUGGAAGAAAGUCAAGGCAUGUUUGCCGGCUGAGAAGAACUCGAUUGAAUGGAUCGACGGAAACACCACGUCGACCGACGGAUUCAACUUCCGCAAAGGACAGCCCGAUUAUAACAUGGGCAAUCAGAACGCCGUUUAUAUGGUUGUUGGUGAAGACGUUGUUGAUCGAUACGGAGUAUGGAAAAACGAGGAAAUGGAUGAUGUGCGGUAG